AUGCCAAAACUAUUUCGGAGACUUUUCCUUUCCAACAGGCCGACUAAUGGAUCCAGAGUAGCCGAAUUGGAGACAAGCUUAGAUCCGUCAGUGACACUUAGGAGACUGCAAAAAUAUCAACUAACGACACCAGACAUCUUUCAUUACGGGUUCCUUGGGACCGUUCUGCUUUUCGUCUUUAUCGUUCAUCCAGCUCCUUUGCUUGCAAAGGUUGCAACCUAUCUCUUAUUUGGGGGGCUAUUCGUUGUACCAGCGACCUCACAAUUUUUUUUUAAUGCCCUUCCGAUUUUCACUUGGUUGGCGCUGUAUUUCACGUCAUCAACUUUUUCGGCAGAGUAUAGACCCCCAAUUACUGUGCAAGUGCUCCCAGCCAUUGAAACUAUACUUUACGGAGACGAUUUGAGCGAUAUUUUAGCCGCUACGUUGAAUAAGCCUUUGGACUUCGUGGCGUGGAUCCCUUAUGGCCUUUUUCAUUUUGGGGCCCCAUUUGUGGUUGCCAUAAUUCUAUUUCUUUGCGGCCCUCCAACUAUCUUGAGAGGAUAUGCUUUUGCAUUCGGAUAUAUGAACCUAUUGGGCGUCAUUUCGCAAAAUCUCUUCCCAGCUGCUCCACCGUGGUAUAAACUAAUCUAUGGUCUCAGUCCUGCUAAUUACUCCAUGAAGGGAUCCCCAGGAGGACUGGGCCGGAUUGACAAAUAUCUGGGACUAAAUUUAUACACAGAUGGAUUUUCUAAUUCAGCUGUCAUCUUUGGGGCUCUACCGUCACUCCACUCCGGAUGCGCAACUAUGGAAGCGUUAUUCUUUUCAUACGUGUUUCCCAAACUGACGCCGCUGUUCAUCUUCUACGUGUGCUGGCUAUGGUGGUCCACAAUGUACUUGACGCAUCAUUACUUCGUUGAUCUAAUGGCAGGCUCCGUCCUCUCCUACCUGUUUUUCCAAUACACAAAAUACUUUCAUUUGCCGCUACCAGAAUCAUCUGUGUAUUCUCGGUGGUCGUACGGCGAAAUUAGGAAAUUCAGUGUAUGGCAAACAGAUCCAUUGAAUGCCAGUGCCACUGACAUUGAAAAUAUCAUAGUAUCUGCCCCCGAAAACUCAGAAAUAGAAUUGAACUUUCUCGAGAACAGUGAGACGCCAUCGAUUUUUGACCAUGACAGAUCCGUUUCUCGCUCAUCAGCUACAUCAAAUAUUUCUUUGGAGGCACAGGAUGACUUAGUUUCAUCAGCGAGAACUAACAAGCAGAGAAUUGAUUAA